AAAUUACAAAUAAAUAUAACAUUGAAUUGAAAACAAAUGUUUUGAUUCAAGUGUUAAUCAAAUGCUUUAAAAGUGACACCAAAUGACUGAUUGCUUUGUUGUCUUCAUGUCUUGACUUAAGGAUCACUCAAACUAAUUGAUACGAUAUGAGCACAACUGAGUCGACCACCGAUUAUUCAAGUGGUGAAAGUGACCACAAUUUGGUCAAAUACCGAUCAGAUGUCAUAAAAAUGGGUCCAAAAGCCAAAGAUAUUCUUCCACUUAUUGAGCAAAGGAUUGCCAUCCUAUCAGGAGGUCGUGACCAAAGAGGUGGUCCAAUAUUAUUAUUUCCUUCUAAAACACGGCCUGAAAAGUUGACGGCAGAAGAGUUGAGACCAUUGCUCGUAUACUUAGCGAGUAUACCGAGUGAUGAAUCCUUAAAUAAAGAGUUUUCUAUUAUAAUUGAUAUGAGAGGUAGCACUUGGACUGCUAUUAAGCCAUUGUUGAAAGGUCUGGACGAGUAUUUCACACCAAAAAUUCAUUUAACUCUUAUUAUAAAACCGGAUAACUUUUGGCAAAAACAGCGAACAAGUAUAGGAUCAUCGAAAUAUAAAUUUGAAACGAUAAUGAUUUCAGUGGAGUCGAUCUCAAAAUUUGUUGAUUGGAGUCAACUUACAAAUGAUAUUGAAGGCGGAACCUAUGUCUAUGACCACAAACAAUGGAUUGAUUUAAGAUUAUGUUUAGAAUCAUUCACAGAGAAGGCCACGAAUUCACUUAAAGCUAUGAAUACUCUUAAAGAGAAUCUAAUGAAACAAGAGUUUGCUAGCGAUGCCAACACCGCUAAGAAAAUGAUUGAAGAACACAAUAACACUAAACAACAAAUCAAUGAAAGUCCUGUUGAAGAGUUAGACGCAGACGGACAACACCUAUUGCGAAGACUAAGUUAUUCUCCUAAUGCUUCUAUAAGUGGAGAUUCUGGUUACAGUAGUCAACCAUCAAUAGCCAAUAAUCCUGAUAUUCAAGCAGCUGUUCCUAAAGUGAUGAGAAUUAUAGAAGAUUUGCAUAUUAAUAAACAACAAUUGUUACAAUUAUGGCACUUAAAGCGUGUUAAAUAUGAUCAAUGUUUACAAUUAAGGCUUUAUGAAAGUGACGCCCACAAGAUGUUUGAAUGGAUUCGCCAAAAUCGUGAUAUUUUUAUGUCUAAUGCUAUAGUUAUUGGACGAAAUGGUGAAGAAUGUAAACAAUUACAAGACGAACACAACAGGUUUAGUGUGACUUCAAUGAACGUAUACGUAAACAUCAAUAAACUACAACAAGUGGCCACUCGUAUGGUCGAAGCCGGACACUACUCAUCACAACUUAUUCAACAAAUUUCUGGUCGUUUGGAUAGAAUUUGGAAAGAAUUUGCCUCUAAUUUAGAUGAAAGGACAGCCGUUCUUGCGCUUGCCUUUAACUUUUACCACUGUUCUCAACAUUAUUUGAAUUUAGUGCCGACUUGGAAGAAGGCUUGUGAUACCAGUGCUCCAGUCAUUCCCAAUGAUGUCAUUGAAUUGGAGGCAUUAGUCCAUUCACAUCAAUCACUAUAUGAUGAAGUAUGUCAAGUCUAUAAUGAUUGUCAUACAAAUAGCAAAAAGCUUUUAUACCAAUUGGAUCUAUUGGUUCAAAUGUAUCACUCGUAUAAGUUAGACACUUCUCAUUCAGAACACUAUAGAAGAGCUGAUCCGGUAAAAGAUUAUCAGGAAGGAGCCAAACAUAUAGUAGCAGUUAUUCAUGAGAUAUUAGCUCAUCAUAGAGCCAUUGAGUCGAUGUGGCAAAUCAAGAAAAUAAAAUUACAUCAACGGUUAGCUUUAGCCCUGUUUCAAGACGAUGUACGACAAGUACUUGAAUGGAUUAAUACUCACGGAGAAGGCUUUCUCAUGAAAAAUCCAGGCGUUGGACGAAAUCUUACAAAAGCCAGAGCGUUGCAGAAAAGUCAUAACCACUUUGAAAGUGUGGCGCAAAAUACAUAUACAAACGCUGAAAAAUUGUUGGCCGCAGCCGAAGAAUUAGCCCGAACUGGAGAGUGCAAUGCCGAUGAAAUAUGUGGUGUCGCACAACAAUUAGAAACACAUAUUUCUAAUUUUGCCGCAAGAGUUGAAGUCAGGCGUAGCCUCUUGAAUAUCGGUGUCUUAUUUUUCACACACGAGAAGGAAUUGUUUUCCUGGUUUAAUGAAUUAAGACAACAGUUUAAAGCGGAUACCAUUGAAGCGCCAGAAUCUUAUGAAUUAACUGAAAGCUCUAUAAAUCAAUUAAUACAUCAAAGAGACUCUAUGAUAGAAGCGGCCAAUACUACUGUCAAAGAAGGACAGACAUGUAUAGAACAGUUGAGAAAAGAGGAGACAAACCGGUCUAUAGAUACUUGUGAUUGUAAGCAUGCCUUAAAUUCAUCGGUCACUGCCAUUGAGUCGUCAUUAGAGAAGAUUAAGUCAAUUAUACCAGAAAUAGAAGAGUUGUGGAACAGUCGGAAGUGUAAACUUGAUUUCUGCCUUAAAUUAAGAGCUUUUGAAAGGGAAGCCCUCACUGUCUCGACACAAACUGACGCCUUUGCUGAAGAAAUACAACGAUUGCAGAAAAAACAAAUGAAUUGUAAUGAUGUGAAUGCCGUCGAAAAAAUACUUCAAUUGCAUAACGAAAAGCUUCAGAGAUUACAACAAUUGAUAUUUCAAGUGUUGCAAAAUGGACAACAACUUUGUCAGUUAUAUGAGUCGUGUGGUUUCCUUUUGAUGGCCGAUUCCGAGCAAACGGCCAACGCUAGGGUCCAAAUGAUUUUGGAGUUUCUUCACGAAAGAGUCAUGGAUUUGGAGGACUUGUCUGAGAUUAGACGUAUGCGUUUGGAACAGAUGAUCCAAUUGUGUCACUUCCAUAGUGAUGCCAAUCAAGUGCUUCAAUGGAUGCGAAACGGAGAAUCAAUGCUUAUGGCAUCCUUUCAAAUACCCAAUUGUUUGGCUCAGGCAGACAGUCUACAGACACAACACGAACAGUUCCAGUUGGCUAUUGAGAUAUUACCUUUCAAUAAAACACAUUCAAGUGCUUUACAAUUGCAGCAAAAGGCCGAAUCCUUAAUUCAAGGAAAUCAUUUUAAUCCAGAUAUGAUCCGCAAUAUAGCUACUGAAGUGGCCACUCGAUGGCAACAAUUAAUGAGUCACGCGGAAGACAGACAUAAAUUAGUGAUGGCAUCACUUAAUUUCUUUAAGACAGCAGAUCAGGUCUAUUCAGUAUUGGAUAGUCUUCAUCGAGAAUAUCAACGAAUUGAAGAUUAUUGCGGUGCUAAUCAAUUAAACGCUGAUAAUGUGAAUAUUCAUCCAAUUGCAUGUAAAGAUGAUGUUGAGGCCAUACUAGUACAGUGUAUAAGUAAGCACCAGGAGCAAAAAGAGGCGUUCCUCAAAGCCUGUACACUUGCCCGACGUAAUGCCGAAACUUUUUUGAAAUAUGCGGCGCGUUGUAUACAAUAUUACUCGACCUCUACAGGCAAUAGUGUCUAUAGAACUGCUGAAAAUGAUGUCAAACACAUUAUGGAAAAACUAUUAAAACAAGAGAAUGAAGUUUUAGACUUUUGGACACAAAAGAAGAGACGUCUCGAUCAUUGCCAACAAUACAUUCUUGUGGAACACACGGCCAAACAGGCGCUCAAAUGGAUCAAUGAAACGGGAAUUAAAUACAUAUCAUCCAAACGACAACUAAUUGCAGAUUCUGGUGACAAAAAUAUUGAAGAAUUAGAAGCACUUCUUAAAGAUUGUAAUGAUUUCAAAGCUAACUCUAAAGAAUCAAAAGAAAAAGUUAGACUUUUAAUUCACUUAUCCGACAAUUUGGUACAAAAAGGCAAUACUCAUCCAAUAGCUAUAAAAAAAUGGGUCACUUUUGUUGAUCAACUUUAUAAUGAAUUUACAAAACAAUUAGAUGAUUAUAAGCACGAAUUGGAAAAUAAAUUAGGAAUUAGAGCUAAUUCAAGUAACAGUGAUACUCUAAGUGAAUCUAAAUUAUCAAUUGAAUCUCCAAUAGCAUCGCCUACCACUUCAUCUACAGCUUCAUUCACUUCAUUAUCUUCGCCGACAACUAAGUUCAAUACAGCAUUGGUUUCGAAUACAAACAGUGGUCGAGAAGGGCUUAUCUCUGAACACGAGAAAAGAAAGUCACUCCGAAAGAAGGAGUUUAUUAUGGCUGAGCUAUUGUGUACUGAAAGAACUUAUGUUAAAGAUCUUGAGAUUUGUAUUAAUAGCUAUUUGAUUGAAUUUCGUCAAAAUUCUGAUCAGUUAUCCAUUAGUAUUGCUGGAAAAGAAAAACUAAUUUUUGGAAAUAUUGAAGAAAUCUAUGAUUUUCAUAAUAAUAUAUUUCUUAAAGAAUUGGAAAAGUAUGAGUCUAUGCCUGAAGAUAUCGGUCACUGUUUUGUGACGUGGGCUUCAAGUUUUGACAUAUAUGUUGAAUACUGCAAGAAUAUGCCUCAAUCUAAUUCUAUAUUAGAUCAAUAUAACGGACCAUUUUUUUAUGAUGUCCAACAAAAACAUGAUUGGGUUUUCCAUCCAAUUAAUGCUUAUCUUAUAAAACCUGUUCAAAGGAUAUCUAAAUAUCAUUUACUUCUUAAAGAUUUGCUUUCUUGUUGUGAUGAAGGACUUGAAGGAGAGAUAAAAGAUGGUUUAGAAGUCAUGGAAUACGUUCCUAAAAAAGCCAACGAUGCUCUUCACUUAAGUAUGUUAGAGGGCUGUGAUAUAUCUGUUGACCAAUUGGGUGAUGUUAUACUUCAAGAAUCUUUUCAUAUGUUUGACUCUAAAUCAUUGAUUCGAAAGAGUAGAGAGCGAAGGGUUUUUCUAUUUGAAACUUAUUUGGUUUUUGGCAAAGAAGUCAAAGAUUCAAAUGGAAAAGUAAAAUAUAUAUUUAAACAUAAAUUAAUGACUUCGGAGAUCGGAGUGACCGAACACAUUGAAGGAGAUGAGCUUAAGUUUGCUAUUUGGACGGGUAGGUUAGUACAGUUAGCUGAUAAUAAAAUUAUAUUUAAAGCCAAAGAUCAAGAAGUGAAACAAAAUUGGGUUAAAAGACUUCGUCAGUUAAUUCAAGAGACAUUCUUUAGUUCAGCGCUUUCGACAUUGAAUUUGUCAACAAUUUCUCAAAACAAACUCAACUCAAAACAACUACAAUCCGAUAGCAACAGAUCGUCGCGGAAACUAAGUGCAGGAAAAUUGGACAAAACGUCAAACACUGGUAACGAGUCUCCCAAAUCUGGUCAUAAAAAGACAAUUCAAUCGAUGACUUCAUGGAAGAUUAACAACAGUAAAGACGAUUCAACAACUAAAGUGUUGUCCAAAACAGAUGAUCACAUGUCCACCAAUAAGUCUGAUUUAAGUUCACUUCCGACAUCUCCAUCAUCAUUGGUCGCACAAACUUCUAAAUCACUUGAUCUCAAUGGAUGUGUGAUUAAUGUUUCUGAAGAAGAUGGAGAUGUGACAGAUGUUGAAUUGCCUCCACCUAUGAAAAUACAAGAACACAGUUAUCCAGCCGUCUCUUCGUUGACAACCAAUACAGCAGCUAAUGUUGACAUUACUUCUAAUAUCGAAAGCAUGAUAUCAUCUGUUGAAUUGGGCACAUCUGAUCUCGAACUCAUAGUUAAAGUGCAAACGGAAAUGGACGAACAAAUGUCUAAAGAUGACACAAAUAAUGAUUUAAGUGAAUGUAAAGAUCAAAAUGAUUUUAUUAAUAACGAACUGAUUAAUGAUAACGAAACCGAUAACUCAAUGAGUGGAGAAUCAGAACAGGAAAAGGCAUUAUUGAAAAGGAAAUAUAUUUUACAAGAAUUAGUCGAAACUGAAAGAGAUUAUGUCUACAACUUAGGUCUUAUUGUUGAUGGAUAUCUUGAAUUAAUGAGAAAUGAAAGUGAUAUACAAGUUCCCGAAGAUUUAAAGAAUGGAAAGGAUAAAAUAGUUUUUGGUAACAUUGAAGCUAUAUAUGACUGGCACAGGGAUUCGUUUUUAGCUGAAAUUGAAAAGUGUUUAGAAGAACCCGAAAGAUUAGGCCUUCUUUUUAGGCGAUGUGAGCGUAGGCUUAAUAUGUAUGUCGUUUAUUGUCAAAACAAACCUAAAUCAGAACAUAUAGUAUCAGAAUAUGUGGACACGUUUUUUGAGGAAAUCCGUCAAAAAUUUGGACAUAAGCUUCAAUUGCCUGAUUUACUUAUAAAACCAGUUCAAAGGAUAAUGAAAUAUCAAUUAUUAUUAAAAGAUAUGUUAAAAUGUGCUGAAAGAGCAGGUCUUAGCAAAGAGGCUGAAGACUUGAAAAAAGCAGUUCAUAUCAUGCAUGUCGUACCCAAAGCAGCCAAUGAUAUGAUGUGUGUCGGACGUCUUCAACAUUUUGAUGGCAAGAUUACAGCUCAGGGAAAACUAUUACAUCAGGGAUUGCUUCUCGUGGCUGAAUUAGGCAACAUUGGAAGCUCUAAUAUAAGUGCAGCCAUUGGCUCAACCAAAUUAAAAGAGAGACAAGUCUUCCUUUUUGAACAAAUUAUUAUAUUUAGUGAAACUGUUGGACAAAAGGGACAGUUCUCUAAUCCAGUGUAUAUAUAUAAAGCACAUCUAAUGGUUAAUAAGAUGUGUCUCAUUGAUAAAGUUGAUGAUUCAGACCCAACAAAGUUUCUUCUAAAGUCUAAGGAUCCAAAUAUGUCUGAAAUUGCGUUUCUAUGUCAGGGCUCUAACAAAGAAGUUACUGCUUUAUGGGUGACUAAUAUUAGAGCCAUUUUGGAUACUCAACUCGACUUUCUUAGAGCUCUUCAAUCGCCAAUUGCUUAUCAAAAAGAAUUAACAAAAGAAGUAUCGGCACCAGAAUUAGGUUCUUUAUGGAAUCCAUCAUUACGUAAGACACUGUCCCAUCCGGCAGCUGUUCACAGGGAGAAGAAUCUCAAAUUAACGACAAAAGAGCAACAAUUGGGAUCAACUGCUACAUCUAAAUCAAUGCGUCAGUCAAAUAAAACCAAAUCAAAACAUAAAGCAUUUUUAGCGGUUAAUAAUGAAUGGGAAAGUGGUCUCAACGAGAAUAGCAGUGAAAGUGAUUCAGUAAAGACUUGUAGUCCAUCUCCCGAUUCAUCUAAUCGUAAAUAUUCGUGUCCUUCAUCUGAUAAGCCGCCACAACAUAAACAACAGGCGAGUCCAUCAAAAUCUAAGCGAACUUUUUUAGAAGGAUUUAAAAAUCCUUUGCGACAGAAAAAGAAUGAGACGUCUGUCGUAACUAAUAUCAUAGUCUCGACUCAUCAACCGGUGUUCAAACCAAAAACAAAUUAGAAGCGAAAGCCAAAGAUAGUUCUGUAUUUAGGAGAUGGUCUGAAUCGGC